AUGAACUGCAUAAAACUUUUGGAGAAAGAAGAACAACGAACGGUUAAACUCAACAAUGAUAUUGUAUUCCUUAAACGAUGCCGGACACACAAUCUGACCCCAAAAGGAAUGAAGAUCAAAAACCAUUGGUGCCAUAUUCCUGGAUCCAACGAUUUACUCAAAAAAGCAGAACAAACUUUGGUUAAACUGCAAAUCCAUUUCAAAUUUGCUGAAUUGGAGAAAUUGAAGAAAUCGAUCUCAAUUAAACAACAACAACUCAUAACUCUUCCUCCAACUGUCAACGAGAAAGUGUCAAAAUACAUGCGUGAUGAUAAAAUGGCUUUCAAUCUACAGACCAAAACCCUACAAGCAAAGAAAUUUGACCAUCUCCUGAGAGGAACUAUCACAACAAAAGCCACCAGACAUCAACCCUUUCCCAGCAAAAUAGCUACACACCACGACAUAGAGAAAAGUAUAGUAAAUCUAUCCCAUCGCGAACUAACAGAGGACGAAACGAAAGCACUUCAACUAGGUCUAAAUUACGCCCUCCCAUAUUUCAAACACAAGGACCUUAUUAUAGAAGCAGGCAUAAAUAUAGAACUAUGUUUGAAUGACUUCGAAAUAACGGAAGUACACAAGAAUAAAAUUCGAUCAGGAAUUUCCAGAAUAUUACACUCAGAGAUCAACAAGCCAGACGAAGUGUCCAGAAACUACGAGUGGCUGAAACCAAUUUGUAAAAAUCUCAAACAAGAUAAAUCUAUUACAAUCGUCCCUGCAGACAAAGGAAAUAUGACAGUGAUCAUGUCCACAACCAAAUACGACGAGAAAGUUCAAGAGCUACUUAAUGAUCCGAAUUACACCAUCAUCCCCACCGACCCUACGAAAUUAGUGGAACAAGAAAUUCACACCUUGAUCCCAAAAUUCUAUGGACUCCCCAAAAUCCAUAAAGACGGUGUACCUUUUCGUCCGAUUGUGGAUUUCCGAAAUUCACCUUCUUAUAAUCUAGCUCAUUUCCUCAACAAGAUUCUAAAAUGUGUCACGUCCAAAUUCCCCACUUCUCUGAAAAAUUCAUAUGAAUUUGCAGACAAAAUCAAGAAUUUCAUUGUCCCCCCCAACAAUGAAUUGAUCUCAUUUGAUGUCACUUCACUAUUCACACGCGUCCCAAUACAACAAACCCUGAAUUAUAUUAAGAAACGACUGGACUCCUGUAACGAUUGGAAAGCUGUCACAAAACUGACCUCGGAAGAAGUGAUGAAACUAAUCAGAAUCACAGUCAACUCCAACUAUUUUACCCGAAAAGGAAAGAUUUACAGACAAAAAGAUGGAACACCAAUGGGAAGCCUAAUUUCACCGGUCUUUGCAGAAUUUUGUCUACAAGAAUUACAAGAACAAUUAAUAUUGAACAAUCCAGACAUUCCUUUUUACCAAAGGUUUGUGGAUGACUCCAACGGCUGUAUCAAGGCAGGCAAGAAGGAUAGUAUCCUCCAAUCUCUUAACAGUUUUCACCCCAGUAUCCAAUUUACAUGUGAAACAGAAGAAAGUCGCAAGCUGCCAUUUUUGGAUGUCUUAAUAUCCCGAGAUGAAGAUGGAACCAUUCACAGACAAGUUUAUCGCAAACCGACGCACACUGGGAGAUACCUCAACUAUAACUCAUACCACCAUCCAUCCCAAAAGUUGGCUGUAAUAGAUGCCCUCAGUUAUAGAGCUUUCAAAAUAUGCGAUGACGAAUAUCUAGAAAAUGAACUCAAUUUAAUAACAAGCUCUUUGAUGACAAACGGAUAUCCGAAAAACUUAAUCAAAUUAAGGAUAGAAAAAAUGAGGACAAAAUUUUCAACCCAACCUACUAACCAUGAAAAUCAAGACGAGGCAAAAUCACCAAGAAUAAUCUUACCGUAUAUGGGACCACUCACCCACCGAUUAACGAAUUACUUACGCAAUAACCUAAAUUGCGAGUUCGGAUAUUUGACUGGGAAGAAGAUGAAACAAAUAAUCUGUUCCUACAAGGAGAAUCCACCAUCCGAUAAAGUGAGACAAGCCGCCCGCUUAAUCAACGAGUAA